GACACGCGAGCGCGUCGCCGCGACGCGCUCGCCACGCCAUCGUCGUCACCGCCGCCGACGAAUUGAUCGCUGUUGCGUUCUGUGGCUGACCUCCGGCUCGCCAAACCGCUACUUCUAAGCCCGUAUGGCUCAGUGGACUGACCCAUCUCGUACAUUUCUCAUACAAGAAGUCCGAGGACGUCGCGUCUUAUGGGAUAAUACUAUUAACGAUACGAAUAUCAAAGCGGCUAAAGCGGCCGCAUUCGCCGAAAUCGCUAAUGUGAUGAACGAAGCGUUCCCGUCAAGCACGAAGUACACAGCUGAAGAUAUUCGAUCGCAAUGGAAAAACCUCAAAGACACAUUUGUUCGAAAAUUACGAUGGGUUUCCGAGGGAAAAUACACAGACGACCCUUUAAAAGAACCUACAUGGAAAUUUUAUCGAAUGCUAUCGUUUUUGGAUGAUAAAGGGUCGAAACGAUUGUCAAAUGAUCAUCCCAUUUUUGACAUUGCCGCUUUGCAACGGGAUCAUGGUUUGGACCUUGUCAAGAACGAGCUACAUCACAUUCAAUAUAAUGACAGCAAUCAAAGCGCUGCAUCAAGCGAAGAACAAAUGCUGUCAUUAUUUGCACAGUCAUAUUCAAAUACUGAAAAACCUCAAACACAGUUGGAUUCACCUCCAUCUCCUGCGUUACCGCCAGUAUCGAACGCAGAAAGUGGGACGACGGAUAAUAUAGUCUCAAAAAGUAAUGCAGCUUAUCCACAAUCUAUGGAUGACGAAGAGGAGCCACGGAGGAAAAGGCCGUACCAUCGCCGUCAUAAUAUCACCAACCAACAACAACAGGAUGAAUUCGAACUUUUUGGAGCCAUAGUAGCUGCACAGUUACGCCGGGUUUCGGACGAGUACUCACGCGCAGCCUCUUUACGACUACAAAAGAAGCUGAAUGAUGUGAUAUUUGAGUCACAAAUGGAAUUGCUUGAAAACGGGAACUAGUCGCUGUGGUUGAUCUGUGAAUCGAUAUGAAUCGAUAUACAUAUUUUAGUUGAAAAGAUCAUCAUUUUUUGAAAAUUUUUAUUCUGAUCACAACAAAUGUUGAAUUGUUAUGCAUGCAAGAGUUAAGGUUUGUUCAUAUUGAGCAAUUUUUUGUAAGGCUGAAAAUGAAGAUUUGAGAAAAAG